AUAUUUGACAUCCCUUCUCUGUGUAAAGAGCAGUGGGAUGCAGAAUACAGGCUCCCAAACACUGCCUUGCAUUUUUUGUUUCUUUAAAUCUUCUCUUAGGGAGCCUUCUGUGUAUAAAAAAGGCAUUUUGUUCCUUUUUUUUUUCCAAGGCGAACUUCCUCAGUUUAACUUGUUAUAAAAUGAGUCAUGUAAAGAAACCCUCUCUGUGUGAGGUGUAUCCCUUCUCUGUGAAAACAUUACAGACCAAACAACUUGCUUGCAGUUUAUUUAAGAUGCUUUUGUUGAAAGCUGAGCUAAGCAGAGAAACUUCUUAUGUGUGAAGUAUUAUACAGUGUGUGUGAGAUAAUAACACCUUGUAAUUCAUUACAGCUGGGUUGUAUUUACAUAAAAGAAGGCUGAGCUGUGUAGGAAUUUGCUGAUUAAUUUAUUUUUAAUGAGAGUGAAGUAUACCAAGUACCAAAAUAAACUUUACUUUGUGUAUCUUACUGCUCCUGAAAUAGGUGGAAAAAUUAAUGGUAGAUAUUUUGGCUCAAAGCUACACACAUUAAUUCAUAUACAAAACAGUUAUUUAAACUUCAACCCCUUUCCUGCUAUGUAAUUUAAACCUGGACUCGUUAUCCAUGACAUGGGAACACAGGACUGGGAGUCCACCACCAUCCAACCUGGUGCCGUGCGCAGGUCAGAGGUUGUGUCAUGUCUGUGGUGCUGAUGCUGUGGAGCCAGCAAGCUGGGAGAAUUGGUGGCACUACUAGUCUGGAGAUGACAAUCCUUUUGUACUCUGAACAGGGGACAGCCACGUGGUCGAAAUGGAGCCCUUUCCUAUGUUUGUGGGCAGGAGGCUCCAGAAAUCAUGGUGCCAGAUUGGCAUCUGCUUUUGCACUUUUUAUUAAUACGAGAAUAAAGACCUAUAAUCAUGGCUCUGCUUGUUCCAUGAAAUGCCUUCAACCACCCCACGGCGACAGAGCUGAGCCAGCAGUCGGGUUGUGUUUUGGACAGGAGUGUGUGGGGCCUGUUAAAAGAAUAAGGCAGAAACUGUCUGUGAAUUAAAAGGGUAAUAUGUUAGAGAGGCAAAAUACAGUGGAGGCUACUUAGGACAAGGGAGGACUUUGCUUCCCAGCCAUUAGUUACCUGGAGACAGGGUUUGGAUGUAGAAUACGACCCCCCCUUACCCUUGAGAGGUGCGUGCCAAUAGGCUCGAAACGUGCCAUUACCAAUAUCUUUAUAUAAGACAUCUUUACAACCAGAAUUUAGAGUCCUUGAGAGAGGAUACAUUUCCAGUAGCAAAAUGUGCACCUUGCAAGCAGCAGUGAUUUGCUGUUAAAAGUGAUUCCUGUGUACAUCAUUGCUCCAAUUGCAGCAGAACACAGGAGUGUUUAGCCAAACUUUGCACAGCCCAUCUUAACCCAUGUUCAAGGUUUUGCAGAAAGAAUGACUGAAGGUGCUUUGCUUAUGGACAGUUCUGUGGUUAUGCUCUUGGGGUUCCUGAAAACGGUCUCACAGCAUCAGCUUGGGAACACUUACUGUAUUUUAAGUGAAUAUAUGCAGUAAGGAGUACUUUAUCAUCCAGCCUGGUCUCCUAUCUCAUAUAUGGAACUUGGACAUUGCUUUAUAAUUCUAAAGGACUUGCUCCCCCAACUUUCCCAGGUGUCUGAAAAACAAGAGACACGAGCCUCUGGGAAGCACCCAUUAUUUCAGCUAGAUCUCGGCUUUCUUGUGUCUGUGAGCAGAAAAGAAGGGUCAGUGCUGAAUGUCUUCCCUUCCUUCUCUGCUGUCUUGCACCAUUGGGAGAGUAGGUGUUAUGUUUUGCCCACAGGGUCAAACUUGGGAAGUCUCUUGCUUCAGACUGAUGUUCCGAGACAUUUGGGGAUUGGGGAGAGUCAUCUGAUCCCCUUCAAUGCCUGUUCUGUAUUUUAAGUGGUUAAAUGUCUUUCUGUGUCAUCUCUGCUUGGGCGUUCACACUGCCUUUUGGUAUUUAUAUCUAAUGGGUUUCUCCUGCUUCUUCAAACAGCUGAAGUGCUAAGAGCACAGGCAUCCCUGAGGAGCUUCACAUUUUCUGUACUGUCCAGGUGCAUAAGCCCUAUUAAAGUGCAGUUCAGAUUUCUGCCUCCCAUCCUCACCUUCCACAAAGUGAAGUUUUUAGUCAUGCUUCCGCCACACCAAGCCCUCGGGUCAGAACUGCUGCUCCUGACGUAGCAGUUGGACUUGACCACUGACCUGCCUCACUUGCCCUGCCUUUGGCUGGCAAAUAAGGUAAGCAGAAACCGGAGGCUGAGGAAGAGCAAUAGCAAAGCUGUGGGAGGGGAAGCAUCAGCUGGGAGGGGAUGGUGACUGGUUCUGCAAGCGUGGUCCCUGUGAUGUAUGCCACUGCAUGACACCUCUUGGAGGAGCAGUGGGAGCCAUCCCAUACCCUGUGACCCACUCAUGGUUUUCCACUCUCCUACUUCCAAAACCCUGCAGAGGGGGUUUUCUUUCAUAAAUUCACAUUAACAUCGACCUGCUGCAGUCAACUUGUAGCAUUUCUGUGGGACCAGUUUAAUCUUGCAGUGGUGGUCUGCAUGCAGAGAUGUGCUGAAGUACUGCUUGGGCAUUUGGAGGAGUUUGCUGAUCCCCUCUACAGGUAUGCUGAGCAAUCUGUUGCCCAUCUUGAGCUCCAAAACUGGACUCUGUGUGCUUCAUUCCAGGAAGAUGAAAGUACCAGUGUUGGGAGUCUUAAAUGUUUAUGUUAACACCCAGAAAUUACCAAGUGUCUUUCUAACUCUUCUGCUAAUAGAGUUGUGCCAUGAAUACAGUGGUCAUCUGUUGUGAUGUUCUCCAGCUUCUCAGGCUCCAGGGGAGAUGUUUGGUUGUGGUUUUAACCUAGUACAUGGAGCCAGGGGCAGGGAUUGAUGAUGCUGGUGGCAGCUAAUUUCUUAGUAGAUAUUCCCCUGUAUAAGCUCCUGCCCUUCCCAUCUGCCUCUUCAUAUUUGCCCCGCUUUGUCUCAUGUCUGUUGUCUUCUUGUAUAAUAAAUAAACUCUAAUCGAGACGUUUUUGCUCUUUCCUCCACAAGACACUGUGCUAAACCUGUGCGCUGUGCUUCCUGCUGAACUGUGCUGCAUCAGGCUUGACGUUGUUGUCCAGAGGCUUGGUUACCACCUCUCCCAGGAGCCUGGGUGAUGGUACUCCUGCCACUCGGCAGCUUGCCUUAGGGAGCAAUAUCCCCAUCUUUUGGGCAUACUGUGUCUGCACAGCCUGGCCCUCAGUGCUGCCUGUCUUUUCCUGAAGGUCUGAGGAGUCAAGGAGAGGGCAGAAGCUUACACAGGAAAAGUUGGCAAGAACAUAGGAAAGACCCUGAGGCUCCUCAUGAGUGAGUGGGAGGCUCUGCUGCUUAGGCAGUUGUGCUGUGCUUGUGAAGUAUCCAUCUCUCCUUUGCCUGCAAAAGGAGUGUCACCCACUGGUGCUGGGGGCUGCCUGGCCUCCCGCACUGUGAUGGGGCAGUUGCGUAUUAUUAGCAUCUAUCUUGGUUCUCCCCAGACUCCUCUGGUGAGCUUUUUAUAACUGCUGCCCUUUCUUCAGGUGUUUAGGGUUGUCCUGUGCAUCCUACAUGUGUUCUUCCUGAAGUUGCUGAACAUGUUGAGGGAGUACUUGUUUUGCUUACAGUCAUUCAACCUGCCUAACAGCUUGCUGUGCUCAUUUGUGGGACAGAAGAGAUGUUUGGGCCUCAUCCUUCCUCUGGGAAUGCAGAGCAGGAGCUCACACUAGCACGAUUCCCCCUUCUGCUGUCACAUUUCAGUGGCUGCUCCAGUUAGGAUGUGCUGGGAGCAGCCAGGGAGUUUAGGACAAGUGGCAGUGGAUGUUCUUGGGGGACCUGGGGCACACUAGUGUAAACCAUUCCCUGCAUGCAAAUGCAGGAACCAGAAAUAUCGACUGUCCUGUUCUUGUCUUGUGCAGGUAUGUUCAUGUAGGAGGACCCCACAACAUGUUGCUGAGACUGGAUCCUGGUGGUGUUGGUAUGAUACUGCAGCUCUCCCAGGAGGUAAGAGCUCCUUCAUACUUAGGAAGUAAGGAGUCUUGCACAUGCAAAGCCUUCAUUAAUGAAUACCUCACUGACUGAGAGAGUGAGCUGGGCUCCUUCAUUCCUCAUCCCACCUGCAGCCUUCUGGGCUGCUCCACAUCCUGUCAAAGCCAGGCAUCAUAUGAGGAUAUGCUUGUUGUCCCACAUCCCUCCCUUCAUGCCCUCUUCCUGCUGGCAACUAGACCCACUGAUGCUACAAUGCCCAGUUCUAUUUCUGUAUGUUUCUUUUGGAAGGAGAGAAGGAAGAGGUGUCUGAAAGUGUUUUUUCACAUGUUCAGUACAGGGCAGCAGCUUAGGCAAGAGGCACGCUGUGGUCCUUCUCAUGACAGCUCUGAAGCAGCACCCUGAGCAGCUCAGGGCUGGACCUCAAAAUUGCCACCGGAGCGACUCCAUGGCCACAUGUUGGCUUCCCUACAUGACACAUGGGUGGAAGGGACUCAGAGCAGCAACUGGAAAGAACUGACAUGCUGGGCACACCAGUGAGCAGGGAGCCAGCGGAGGAGGUAGGCUUGUCUACUUUUCCCCUGCCAACACUGGCAGUUAGAUCAUUUGGCCUUUAGCUGGCAGCUGGUAUCCAGUGCCCUCAGCUGAGCAGGUCCAAAGCUCUCCCCUGAUUUGGAAGUCUUAAAACACAAGGAAUUUGUAUGCUGCUGCUGUGCUGAGAAGGAUGAUUCUCUAAUGUUGUGGUCAGGAACCUUGGACAAAAAUCUGGGAGACUUGACUGCACUGCUGUCAGAGAGUCCAGUGCUGACACAGAUCUCAGGGCAGUAACUAAAAUGUGGACUUUUCUCCUCUAGCUGCACUUGCUGUUUAUAUCUGGCCACUGGGUUCUGCACAGCGGAACAUUGCUAUGCAAAUGCCUUCCAGAAAUGCCUGUGAAAUAAGUGUGUUUGAGCACCAUGAUGUUUUGUGGUGGAAGAUGUGGGUUUCAGUCUGAAAUAAAGAGCAGGGAGAAAGCAAAUCUGGCUUCUUGUGUUCCCAGGUGAGUGCUGUCCCAGAACUGUUCUAUCAUGAAGCAAGUUGGCAGGCUUCCUUCCAUUUCUGCUUGAAGAGGAAGCAGCAGGUGCAUUUGUGGAAAGCCUAGGCAAGGUGUUUGUGUUUGAGCUCCAAGAACAUCUGUAGUGGGACACAAGAGUGAAGUGUUGCCUAAUGCUUGGAUCCUGACAGAGCUCAGUUAUCAGCCAGAGUAUAGCUGCCUAGGGACAUUGCCUUGAAAGUGGGAUUUGGUGUGUGUGUUUAGCCAGAGGGAAUUUUCCCCUUGUCUUUCUCUGCUGAUUGCAGAAGGUGUGUAGACAACACUUUCCAGAUAAGAUCCUUUGCUUUUAGCUGGCAAAAAUUGACUGAUGUGAUUCCCACAUCCUGUGGUGGCCAAUCAGCCUGUGGAGUGCCAAUUACAGACAUUUAUCUCUUUCCCAGGCAGCAGGGGCAGGAUACCUCUCAUCUAAUUUUAGAUGUCUGCAUGGUAAACCUCUGUCACUGAGUGUCAGCCUGAGCCUUCCUGCUCGGUGGAGGAGAUCAGCACAUUUCAUCUGACCUGUUUCAGAUGUCUGCUGCAGGUGAGGUAACUGACUCCCCAGAAAUCACUGGCUCUCCUCACCACCAACUGAAGAAGCCCAGCCUGACAAGCUGGGCUGGAGAUGUUUAUAUCCCAUGUGCUUUCAUGUGCUGAGGUCCAUGAGAAAUUACUGCAGGGAGAGUAGAUCAUUACUAAAUACCAGCUGGAGACAGUGGAAAUCCCUUUGCUUUACAGCAUCAGCAGCAGUUGUACAUCUGGCAGAAAACACACAUUUGAUGACUGUUUCAACAGUCACACUCUUUUCAGUGGUGUAGGAAGGCAAAAAGUAGGGUGAUGUUACCCUUUUUUUAUGUUAUCACCAAGGUGAUGUUAUCACCCUGGCAAAGCAGCUCCAGAAAAAGACCCAUCACGUUAUAGCUGCUUCCAUUUGUCUUUUCCCCAAACUUCCUCCCAUUGUGUUUGGCUGUUCACCUCCCAUUUUAAGUUAAUGUUAUUCUUUAGUUUUAUCCCAUAUCUGUUGUCACUGCUAGCUUUGUGCCUGCCUGCUGCAUUGCAGCGAUGCUCUGGCAGGCAACUUACAUCUUCUGGUUAAAGCUUCUGUGCUUGCAGUUUGCACAGUCCUGGUAAGCGUUUGUUCUGACUUCAGGGAUCUAAAGACUAGACAGCUAAUCUAAACUAAUCAUCCCACUCCAGUUCAUGGAUAGUGAUAGUCCCUUGGGGACGUGAUUCAUCCCAGUCGACUUGAAACUUGGUGGCUGAAUGUGCUGGUUCACACUUAGGCAUGGCUGUCUCUGCAUUGACUGCAGCCCAGUCUGAGAGCAGACAUUUAGCUUUUAGAUGACUUAAUUUAGCCUGGAUGAAUUUAAUUCACAGGGUAUUUGUAACUUGUAGAUAAAAGGCUGGCUGAUUAGAUCAACUCUCCAGCCAGUUCUUCAUUCUCUGGUUAGCCUCUGUGGAGUUUAGUAGCUUCAGGUUAAGUGAGCUGGUUGGGGUAGGGGAGGUCCGCACUGCAGCCUGUGGACUGCUGUGCCUCCUGUGCACGGGUUUUCAUGUGCUGCUUUGUGUUCUGGAUGGUGUGUUCCUAGCACAGCGUUUUAAAUCACAUGUUAACAUCUGCCUGUAUUAUUUCUCAAAAAAUAGCUUCAUGAUGCUUUUGGGAAGCUGGAGUUAACCAUUCCCAGAAUACACAGCAUGUGAUCAGCAUCAUAAUUCACAUAGCACCAGGUUCCUAAGUUUGAAUGCCUCUUUCUUGAAGGAUUUCCAGGGAGAUGCUAAAAGACCACAUGAGCUAUUGCUCUUGUAGCCUGGAGUAUUUAACGACAUGAGCUGUCACUUACUGUGACCCUGUGAUAUCAAAAAAGAUGUUGUUUUGGCUUCUCUGCCAGGUGCCAAGCAGAGCUGGGGCUAAGAAAUGCUGAGGAGUGUUACCUAUGGCUCAGGGAUGAAUAAGUUUCUUGGCCAAGUCUGAUUACCCACUUGGGAUAUUUGUAUUUCAUUAUAACUGACACUGAGAAUCAUGUUUGAUUUGGAACAAAUUUCAAGCAGGAACAAGUUUCAGCAUCUGCAUUUCCACUGUGAGCACAAUGAGGGACAAAACAGGUUAGAGCCUGCUUGGCCAAGGGUGGGGACCUCUCAGUAGGGAAGGGGAGGGCAGCACAUGAAUCAGUUCCAAGGAAAGGGAAGGAGCAGCUUGAAGAGCUGAUCUUCUUCCCUUGCAAAAGGGAUACUCUAAGCACCAAGUGUCAGGUGUGUGCCUGAGGAAGCCAAGGAGGGAGCUGGGGAAAGCCAGCUCCUCCCACAGAGUGGGAGGCUGUACCUGGUAAUUAACUCGCAAGCAGAGGAGUGGAGCUCAUGCUGAGUCCUGAAAGAACCUGUUGGGAGGAGCUCAGGAGUGCAAGAGGGCCAGAAAAGACCUGGAACCAGACAGGGGACUAAUCCAGCUGGAGAGGCACUUCCUAGCAGCAACAGCUCCAGUCAUGUUCAACUACCUAGCAGUAGAGGUGAGACCACAGUUCCACCGCAGCUAUGGGGGACAGCAAGGAGUGUCUGGGCCACUGAAGAGCCGUCUAGAGCAGCUGAAGAAGCCGUGGUGGAGGGAGCCCACUCCACUGGUGCUCCAGCACAGUGAAACAGCCAGGCUUGCGAUAGAUGCCUUUCUUGAGCAGGGGGAACGUGGCUACCUGAAUGCCAUCACUGAGGAACGGGAGCUGCCUUUUCUUUCCGCCCUGGACAUGGAAUAUAUGAGCCAUCAGAGAAAUCAAAGCUGUCCGGAUCCCAAUGCAAUGAAAGACAAAGAUGCUGACCCUGGUGAUGCGGACACUGCAGACAGGUCCUCCCUCAACUCUGAACUAACAUCUGGCACCUACUUUCCACUGAUGUCUGAUGUGCACCCUCCAGAGCUGGAGCUGGGCUGGCCAGGGAUGCCCCUCCUCACAGUGGCCGGCCAGACUCAAGCCACUGUGAUUUUCCAAAGAAACAAAGCCAACAGCAUUAAGGAUUUGCUCCGGUCUCUGAUCAGCCGGGCACGGACGGUGAUAGCAAUUGUGAUGGAUCUGUUUACAGACAUGGAAAUACUGUGUGACCUGCUGGAGGCCUCAAGCAGACGGCACAUCCCUGUUUACCUGAUCCUGGAUGAAGAGUACUUGAAGCAUUUUGUGGAAAUGUGCAAUAAAAUGGCUCUUACUCAGGACAACUUCCCAAACAUGCGCAUAAGAUGUCUGAGUGGAGACACAUACUACAGCAAAGCAGGCAAGAAGUUUGCAGGGCAGGUUCUGGAGAAGUUUAUCCUGAUUGAUUGUGACCAAGUUCUUGCUGGUACCUACAGUUUCACCUGGCUUUGCAGUCAAGUCCACACUGGCCUGGUGACCCACUUCCGUGGUCAGAUUGUUGCAGAGUUUGAGAAGGAAUUCCGGUACUUGUAUGCAGAGUCCAGAGCAGUGACCAGCUUCUGUGUGCCAGAUCCUGAAACGUGCCCCUCUUCUCAGAACACCUCAAAAGUUGCCAGCUCCCUUUUAAAACCCCCACAGGUGAAUGAUGUUGAAACCUUGAGCCCCUCCAGCAGCCUUUCCAAUGUAAGCAUCAGAAGCAUAAAAGUGUCUCCCUUUCUGAAAAACUCCAACUGCAAUGUACAGCUGGAAAAGCAAGAUUCAAGCUCAGAUUCUGGUAAUAAGAAGGGGAAGGAAGACGCGUCUCUGAAGCCCACUUGCCCUAAGCAACAAGGGGAACCACCAGACUCACCAAAUAGUCCUCCAAAUAAAUCCACCCCAGCUUUGUAUCACAAAUCAAAUCUCAUGACAGCAAGGACAUUCCUGCCGCCAGAGCCUUCCCCUGCCCUGAGCUCCAAUAAACCUUGUUAUCAAGGGGACAGUACAGCUAACAGCAGCCACUGCUCCCCUCCAAGACAGGAGCAGUCCCUGCAGUCCCUUUCAGAGGGUGCCAAUAGCAAUGGGACAAGCACGAAGCAGAAAGGGCCUGCUGCUACCCCUGGGGAACCGACAGCAGAGAACGACAACAUGUUUUAUGGGCUGGAAAAAAGACAGAGUCCUGGACAAGGAAAAUUGGACCUGCUCUCCCCAUACAACCAGUUAAAAUGGGAUAAAAAGCCAGGAGUUCCUUGCUAUGAUAAACUCCCUGAGGACAUGCUGAUGGAAAAGAACAGCGCGUAUGGGGCUGAGAAAAGAAUGACCCUCGGGCACAGUAAGCUGGAUCUGAUCACCAAGUACAACAAGUUAAAAUCAAAACACAUACACAGUCGGUUUGAACUCUGACCUGGGUCUUGAGGUGUCCUAUGGUCUUAUUUUCAAGUGGUUCCUUUUCCCCACCAAAUAUCAUAUCUGGAGCUUGAAAUCAAAAUAUGGGUGACAAAUUAGUUGUGUUUCUGUUCAAAGGUGUCUCUGGUGGUUUUGAUAUAUGCAGAUGACUGAUUUAGGUGAGAUUAGCAAGUACAGUUCAAAUUUUCAAUUACAAGAUCAUGGCAAGAGAGAGAAAAUGGCACAAACAUAAUCCCCACUUCUGUGUUCUUUUUACUCAUUUCAAAAAGAACCAUUUCCCCCAAAACUUACAG